AUGCAGGAGUCUUUGGCCUUUAGUAUAUAUCACUACUAUCCUCGUCGUCUUCGCGUGCUUUGUGCUUUUCAAGCCACUGCUUUGCUUCUCCCUCUCAUUACUGUUGUCGUUGACGCCGACCCUAUCUUGACACGGCUGUCAACUGCACAAACGCCACAAAUUAUCAGCUCGAUACUCAGCCCUCGCCGGCCACAGGAGUCAGAGGACGAGAGCUCUUCAAAAGCCCUCUUCCCCGGAUACGCUGGCCCGGAUCCCAAGCCUUCACCAUAUCUCCCGGCUCAGAUUGGAGGUAUUGUCGGAGCGUACGCCGUCACUCUCGUUAUAGUUGCCAUCCUUUUGCUUUCGCUUUCUAGUGUGCGCAAGAAGAGGUUAAAGGCCGCAGAGGAGCUCGAAGACGGGGAGCUCGAGUACCCCACGUUUCAAGAAGUAAUUCCUCAAGACCAAGGAGCCUUUCCGCCACAUCCGUCUGGCCCUUACCCCCUUACGAUAGACACUUCAAAUCGGUACUAUCCUCCAUCGCAGCCGCAAAGUCCACGCAACUUUUCAUACCCAAACAACAAUAGCCCCUCGAGGACUGAGCAGUCGAUAAACUACAUCCCAUCACCCGUUUCAACCAUCCUCGCACCUGGCGUUGAUCUAUCAGUAGACCAGAGUGUGGUAGCAACAGACAGGAAAAUGGCGCAACAACAGCUUGAAGAUAUGUACAAGCUCGUCAUGGAGCAGGAGGCGGCUAAGGAGGCCGGUGUUGUGCUCGACUCGCCCGUCAUCCCUGGGGCGCGGCAGUCUCAGCAGCAACAAUCUGGUUCGACUGAUGGGCCAACAUCGACCCUGACAAAGAAGGAGAAAAGGGGCAAACCAGCGAACCUGGAUCUUGGGUUUACGCAUGAAAAGAAGGAGUCGAAGACUUCGUCUUUCUUCGCCUCUCUCAAGUCGCCCCGCAAGAAGAAGGUCCAAGGCAUUAAUAUCUCUUCACCCAUCAUGACACCCAUGUCGGGAACUUUCCCCCGAGGUCCUGAGGGACAAGAGAUGAGCACGAUUCCACCGAGGCAGUAUGCGCCAGCAGCUCCGCCUCCCAUCCCCCACCAUCAAUAUCAUCACUCGAACGGCAGCACCAGCUCGAUCGGCAACCCACCUCGGCGCGCGGCCACCAUGCCAUUGACACCUGAGAUGUCGCCACAGAGCACGCAAAGCAUCGAUGGUAGAAUUGGCGCACAGCUUAUGAGCAACCCAAAACCAUACAGGGAACAACAGGAGCAGAUGGAGCUUCAUUUACAGCAUCAGUAUCGACAACAGAGCAUCUCCUCGCAAAGGCAGCUUGAUCCCUACGGCCCCCGGCAUCACGGCGACCACUCUCGCAACGUAUCAAGCGCCACAAGCGAGGCUGACCCCGUGUCCGCAGCAUCAGAUAAAUCAACUACACCUCUCGUGGGCCUGGGUCUACCACUCUCGCCCAAACCCAACGUGUCGCGAUUUCCUGCAGACUCGCUUCGCUCUUUGCCCUCAUCACCAAGGCCUGGCGCAAGCUUCUCCCUUCCCCUAUCCCCCAAGCCAGGGGCCAGCUUUUCACGCUCCAAUGCGCCCUCGGCCGUCCGUACCGGAGGCGCUCUGCCGCUGCGUGCCUACGAGCCUGCUCUGCAGUCACCCAAUGCCAUUGCCCGCACGACCAAGGAAACAACCUUUGAACGAACGGGUCCAAUGUCGCCAGGCGGUGGGCCACUCACUGGUGCGGCCGUGCCUUACUCUCCCUACCAGCCAUUCUCGCCAGUGAUUCCCAUGACGCCAAGCCUGGUGACAAGAGAAGACCGGAGGCGGAUGAGGAGAUUAGAGCCAAAGACUCCGACAUUGGAGAUGGUUAAGAAUACUGAAGAUCUGUGGUGA